ACAGUUUUUUUUAGUAAGUUUUGGUGAAAUCAAUCGGCUGAUAAUUCACUAUGACUAAAAAGGGAAAAAAUAAAAAUGCUCAUCCUCAAAUAGCACCUGCUGUUACUGAAACUGUCAAAGUAACUGUAGAAAAAGUCUCCUCUACUCAAGAUACUAAUAAUAAUGGUGGGGAUAAUGAAAAAAAUAAACCUACAUCCUCUAAAAAAAUUGUUGAAAGUAGCAUGGCUGUACCAUCAAAAGGGGAUGGUGAUAAAAAAGUUUUACCUGUGCCUGAUAUGCAGAAAAAAGGUGCUAAAUCUGCAAAAGGGGAUGAUGUUGACGAAAAAUCUAAAACCAUAAAAGGAGAUAGUGAAAAACAAGUAGCACCUAUGCCUGCUAUGCAGAAAAAAUGGCCUAAAAAGGACGAUAGUUAUGAUAAAAGAGAAGUGAAACCUAUUAGGAAAGGGGAUGGCAGUGGUGAUAAACAAGAUAUACCUAUACCUGCUGUGCAGAAAAAAUGGCCCUUACCUGCAAAAGAUGGUAGUGUUGGUUCCAAAGAAGUUAUACCUACACAUACUAAAAAGGGGGUUGAUAGUGGUGAUAUGACUAAAUCCACAAAAGUUGAGGGUAUUGGAGACAAACAAAUCAUACCUAUACCUCCUAUUGAGAAAAAAUGGUCUAAAUCUGCAAAAGGAGAUGGUGGUGGUGGUAAAGAUAUUAUUACUGCUAAAAAAGAGGAUACCAUCAGUGAUAAGCAAGAUUUCCCUAUUAUGCAGAAAAAAUGGCCCAAAUCAAAAGAAAGUAGUGUUGGUGAUAAGGAAGUGACACCUAUAUCUACUAAAAAGGGGGAUGAUAAUAGUGAUAUUCAGAUACCCACAAAAGGAGAUGGUGUCAGUGAUAAACAAAUUAUCCCUAUACCUGCUAUUGAGAAAAAAUGGUCUAAAUCUGCAAAAGGAGAUAGUGGUGGUGGUAAAGAUAUCAUUACUGCUAAAAAAGAGGAUACCAUCAGUGAUAAGCAAGAUUUACCUAUUAUGCAGAAAAAAUGGCCCAAAUCAAAAGAAAGUAGUGUUGGUGAUAAGGAAGUGAUGCCUAUAUCUACUAAAAAGGGGGAUGGAAAUGGUGAUAUUCAGAUACCCACAAAAGGAGAUGGUGUCAGUGAUAAACAUAUUAUACCUAUACCAGCUAUGCAGAAAUAUAAAGCUAAUACAGGUCUAAGACCACCUAAAAGAAUAGGGUAUGGAAAAAAUGGUAGACCAAUAAAAUUAAAAGCUAACCACAUCCAAUUGAAUAUUAGUCUGAAUAAUAUAUAUCAUUAUGAUAUAGAUAUCACUCCCAAUAAAAUUUCCAAAAAUAUCAACAUAUUGAUUUUUGAGCAUCUGAUUAAGGAAAAUAAAGAAUUUUUCAAAGAUAACUCUGCAGCCUAUGAUAGGAACAAAAAUUUUUACACUGUAAAAAGAUUACCAUUAUCCGAUCACGAUGAAUGGACAGUGAAAAGUCAAUUUAUGUUGGAAGAUAGGAAGUUUGAGUAUAAAGUCAAAAUCAAAUUUGCCACAGAAGUGAACCUCUAUCAAUUGAAAGAGUUUUGGGAGGGAAGAAUGACUGAUAUGCCUCAGGACCCUGUACAGGCCAUUGAUGUAGCUAUGAAACAUAUGGCCAAUUUAAGGCACAUUGUUGUAGGGAGAUCCUUGUUCUCCCCUCCCACCCGCGGUGGACCGGAUUUGGGAGAAGGAUGUGAACUUUGGAUGGGCAGAUUUCAAAGCGUUAGACCGACCCAAUGGAAAAUGACUCUCAAUGUUGAUCUUGCAGCCACGGCUUUCUACAUACCCCUCUCGAUGAUCGAUUUUAUAAACGAUUUCUUCAAGUCCAGACAAAACCUUACCAGCCUCAACAAUUUCCAAAGGAUUCAGCUACAAAAGGAACUUAAAAAUUUGAAGGUAAGAGUGAAUCAUCAAGGAAGCAUCAAGAGAACUUACGUAAUCAGGGAUGUAACAAAAGUUCCGGCCACUCAACUCAGUUUUACGAUGGAGAAAGACGGUAAAAAAGAAAAUAUAACAGUCGCCAACUACUUUGUUAAACAAUACCGUCAGCAAUUAAAAUUCCCCAAUCUACCUUGCCUGAGGGUCGGAAGUCUGGAGAAACAGAUAUAUUUGCCAAUGGAAGUUUGCACUCUGAAAGAAGGGCAAAAGAAAAACAAUAAACUCAGCGAUAAUAUGGUAGCAAAUAUGAUCAAGUAUACGGCAGUCCCCGCACCCGAGAGGCAGCAAAAGAUUAUGAACAUGAUUAAAGAGGCUAACUUCAAUGCCGACCCAAUCAUGAAAGCUUUCGGUAUUUCCGUUGACGAUAGAUUGUUGGAGAUGGAUGGCAGGGUUAUAGAACCACCUAGUAUAUGCUAUGUUGGAAGGACCUCCAACACAGCCACCAUAAAACCGCAAAAGGGGGUAUGGGAUAUGCGAAGUGGGGAGAAAUUCGUCAAAGGAGCCACAAUAAAUAAUUGGGCCUUGAUGUGCUUCGAACCCCAGAAUAGAUGCGGACCUCCGAUGUUAAAAACUUUCUUUACGGAACUGUCAAAUAUAGCCAAGGAGAUGGGCAUGACGUUCAAUCCUUCCCCGAUUUUCAAUUCUUAUGUCAGGGAACAGCGUGAAGCAGAAAGCUUAUUUAAUCACGUGAUCCGUCAAUCUCAGACUAACAACACGCAAUUAGAUCUCAUAGUGGUUAUUUUGCCUGGCAGAUCUACGCUUUACGGUGAAAUCAAACGAUUGGGUGACGUGGUUUUUGGAGUCGUGACACAGUGCCUACAAGCUAAGAAUGUUUCUAGGCCAAAGCAAAGCCUGUAUGUCAACCUGUGCCUCAAGCUCAACGCGAAGAGCGACGGCAUCAACGACAUAAUCCAGUUUCCUUUCAAGGUUACUCUCUUCAAGGAACCCGUAAUUGUUUUCGGAGCUGACGUUACCCACCCUACUCCAGGAGAUAACAAAAUGCCAUCCAUAUCAGCCGUCGUGGCGAGUAUGGAUGCGUAUCCUCAAAAAUACACUGCCGUGGUUAAAGCCCAAGGUCAUAGGGUCGAAAUUAUAGAAAAUUUAUGCGAGAUGAUCACCAUCUUGUUCAAACGUUUUUACAAAAGCACAGGAGCCAAACCUAGAAAAAUUAUCUUUUACCGGGAUGGUGUGAGCGAAGGUCAAUUUCUCCAGGUUUUGCAAUACGAAGUGUCUGCCAUUCAAAAAGCGUGUUCUAUGUUGGAAAAAGAUUAUCAACCCUUGAUAACUUUUGCGGUUGUGCAAAAAAGGCAUCAUACCAGAUUAUUUUGCGCGAACCAAAGGGACGAGUGCGGAAAAAGCGGGAACAUACCACCUGGAACAAUUGUGGACAAAGGAAUCGUGCAUCCACGAGAAAACGAUUUCUUCUUGUGUAGUCAUGCUGGUAUACAGGGCACCUCACGUCCCACACAUUACCACGUCCUGUGGGAUGACAACAAUUUCAGCGCAGAUGAUUUUCAAAGUCUGACGUAUGCUUUAUGCCACACGUAUGUGCGUUGCAAUCGGGCUGUAAGUAUACCAGCUCCCACUUACUAUGCGCAUCACGUGGCUUUCCGCGCUAGGCACCAUAUUGGAGAUUUGAUGAUGAGUGACACCGCUUCCUCUUCUACUCAUGCCAGUCAAUCUACCCCAGCUCUUAAUUUGGAAAAAUUUAACCUGGCUAUCACCAUUCAACCCACUACAUCCCAGAAAAUGUACUUUGCUUAAAAAUAAAUAUGGCAAUAUUUUAAUCCUAAUCCGUAUGAUGCUAUUGCAACACUUUGAAAUGUUAAUUUUUUACUGUUAUAGUUUUAAAUACAUUUUUUAUUGUUCUAUAGUUUUUUUAUCAAUCUCAUUUUUUUUAUAAUGAUAUUACACAUCAAUCAUCCGAA